AUGAAAUCAUUCUUCUAUUCGUUUCUCAUAUUGGCUGUUACAUGGCCGUUCGCGGCAAGUACAGCACUCUGUCCAUCAGCUUGUGAAAGUGCACUGUCCUAUGUUGUCUUUUCUGGUAAUGCCACAAAACAACAAUGUACAAACCAAUUACACAUAGUCUCGUACUAUUCUUGCUUGAGGCAGUACUGUCCUGGAGAAGCAGUUGAAGCGUAUACGGCUCUGAAAAAGACUUGUAAAAGUACGGCUGCAAUUCCGACCAUAGCAAACGUCACAGUAGACGUAGAUGGUCUGGCAAAGAUAACAGCCAAGGACCUCUAUAAGAAAGCACCUGUCAAGCAACCUGUUACCCUAGAGGAAUCGUUGUACUUGCUCUCGGUGCGCACAAUCACAAGUGCAGCAGCUCAGGACGAGAUCAACGUCCGCUACGGACACGCAAUGUACGGGUUUUGGGCUCUCACUAUCUUAGUAUCCAGCCUUAUGAAGCUGUGGGAAUUCCUGACCACGAAAUAUCCCCGCGUUGCUCAGAAAGGAUGGGUAAAUAAGGCCUCCACGAAGCUGAGGCAACAUGUGACCAUUCCUGCACUUGCUGGUAAGCGUACUGCGGAGAACAUUGGUUGGUGUACAGUUCCACCCCGACUUCAGUCCCUCGUCAUCAUUGCGUUCAUUGCCUUGAAUUUAGCUCUGUGCGUGAGCGGCUACGAUGUUUUCCCAGGCAAUCUGAAACGCCCGAGUAUUCCCAAUCAAGUUUCACGUCUGAUUGGGCGCCGUACAGGAGUGCUGAUCAUGGCAAAUUUGCCGCUUAUGUGGACGUUUGCCAUGAGGAACAACAUAUUGUCCUGGAUAAGCGGCUGGACUUUUGCUACUUUCAGUUCUUUUCACCGGUGGAUAGCUCGUGUGGUAAUGGCGGAGCUGGUCGCUCACGCAGUUGCAUACAGUCUCUCCGACUACUACUCCGGAGGAUUAAAGAAGUACUAUGCUCAGUGGCCACAAGAGUACUGGUGGUGGGGCGUUGUGUCUAUCAUUGCAGGGUCCUUUGCUACUGCUAGUGCAAUCUAUCCGAUCCGCCAAAGGUUCUAUGAUGCAUUUCUGCUGGGUCACAUUGUUUUAGCAAUGCUAUUCCUGGUUGGAACGUGGUUCCAUAUCAAGAAACAAGAUAAUGAAUUCGACAUGUAUUUCUGGCCAUGUGUAGCAGUAUGGGCGUUUGAUCGCGCCUUGCGCUUAGGCCGAGUACUCGUCCUGAACUGCCGCCGGCACAUACUACUACGUAUACGUCCUCCAUGGCCUUAA